AUGUCUCCACCGUUUGAAGAGGAGCUAUGCCCCGUUGCCUCCCGAUGCAACUCGACAGCGACAAAGCGAGGUCUUAACUCCGUGAGCACCGUUCAGGCUCGUUUGGCUGUUGACUACGCGGCGCGCAUUCACCAAUCCCAGAUUCCUGGUUCUGACGGAAUCUCUCGGCCGCGUAUCUGUAUCAUCACGCCGUACAGCGCUCAGGUCGACGAAAUCAAAGCUCGACUGCGUGAAGCCUCGGACAAGGAGCUGUGCCGUGACCUGAUUGAGGUGCGUACCCAGGCUGCUGCCACCGGCGGAGAGUGGGACGUCGUAAUCCUGUGCGUCGUCCGCGACGAGAAAAUGGGCUUCCUCUCUGAGACAAACCGCAUCAACGUCAUGUUGACAAGGUCAAAGUUCCUGUCUAUCGACAUAUUCGCCGCAGAGUUCUUAGAAAGGCCCAGGGGUCAUCGUUCCAAGGUCAUUCGACAUUACAAGGACUACCAAGCCCGCAACGGGGCUGUCUGUCGAGACCGCCGCAACUGGGGAAACGUCUGCAGACGCUGCUGCAAGCCUCACGACAAAGACUGCCGUGAUGAGCCGAGGUGUUUCUUCUGUUACGAAGGUCACCACGUCCGCAACUGCAGAGACACUGGAAGUCUGCAGUCCACUAUCAACCCGGACGUCAUGAAUGUGCCCCCGCUGACGCCGGACAGGCCGGACGUGCCAGAGGCCGAUCGCGCUGACUUCAUCGACGCAGCGAUUCACAACCAGCCUGAGGACAACCAGCCUGAAGAAGUCAUCCAAGGCGCCGGUGCACCUCAGACCCGCAAGCCCGCCAAGGCCUUGUAUCCUGACGUCAAGUUCAUGCUCGACGCAUACCUUGAGGACGACUCACAGCCUCUAGUCAUUGAUGCACCCAUGCCGUCAAUUCCUGGCUACGACGAAGACGGCGAUGAGGAAGACGAGGAAGAGGAACAGGACCAGGAACAGGAUGACGGCAGACUUUGA